GUCCCCGAGCAGAAAUUUCGGCAGGGUUUGAUGUGGAACGGUGGGGUUAGCGCUGAAGAUUCCUGGAGCGCACAGGUACCUGCAUAUGUACAGUGGAAGGCUUUUAGUAUUUGGAUCAACGUGUCGCUGUGCUAUGGUCUAUCCUACCCGAGUACCAAUUUGAUUCUUAUUGUUACGAUCGGGAGGGUGCUGAACUUCGUGAAAGCCGGAAAGGGCUUUGAUUUAGUUUUGCAAGCAGGAUUUGAGUUUUACAAAUUUUCAGCUGCAUUCAUUCUUGUCACACGACAGGAUCGCCGCUGCUCUGUGUACGGUUUGGAGCACGAAGGCUUGCCUGGAAGUGUCAAGUUGCUUGAUGUUUGGCGUGAUGUUUUUGAUGCCGCCUGGUGCGAUUCUUUACUUGAUGUCGUCCUCAGCUUCCUUUCGACAGAGAUGUUGUUAGGCUUUGGUAGACCGCUGUGGCCCUGCGGGCAUAACCAGAUUCAUAGCAACAAGGUAGCCUUCGCAGAUGCCUUCUCCAAGUGUGCCUGCAACAAUACUCUGUCGUUGCAGGAAGCCAAGGCUCCAGAGCUUUCACCCUGUUUGUGGGAAAUGGUUGUCACCCAUCGGCUCACCUGCAAGACCAAGCUGCCGAAGCCAGCGGUGAGAUUUCAGCCAGGCCUCAGGAAAGCCGCCCUUAAAGACGGACUUUGCCCCAAAGCAAGGCGUCCGUUUGCAAUCUUUUUGUCUGAAAAUUACAAGUUGAAGAAAGGUCAGGGCACAAAAGAUGAUCAUGCGCGAGAAAUGAAGAGAGUCUCCGCGCAGUGGAAGAGUUUGACUGCUGCUAAGAAAGCUUCCUAUCGAGACAGAAGUGCUGAGGAAGUUCGCCAGCAGCACAUUGCGAUGUCCACAGCUGGUGUGUUUUGCAAGCAGCUUCCACAGAUGCCAUGUCAAACUGACGAGGCUAAGGCUCCCCUGUACUCACAGCAGGUACCUGUCGCUUUGCAGGGUGCAUUUAGGCUGCAGCAAAAACUAGGAGAGGGCUCCUACGGAAAGGCUUAUGAAGCCUUUUGCAAAAGCACAGGGAAAAUUGUGGUGCUGAAGCUCUUCAGUGGCCGCCAUGGUCAGACAAACAUGCUGCGAGAAACGGAUUGGUUGAAACUGCUUGUGUCCGAAUUGGGGGAUCGCUAUCACACCUACUUCUGUUCGGUCUUUGCAUCUGACCCUGCAGCAGAGCCUUGCCCAUGGUAUUCUAUGGAACACGGGGGCCAAUCCCUCGACAAGAUUCUCAAGACAUGUGACUUGUUCAAAGAUGAAAGGAUGGAGCUCCUUGCAUGCCAGCUGUCCUGUGCCUUGAGACUGCUGCAUUCGAGACACAUUUGUCACCUGGACAUCAAGCCCGGGAACCUCCUGUGGCUGUCAGAGACACGUUCGUUGAAGCUGACAGACUGUGGCCUCAUGGAGUUCACAUCUUUCCGCGACAAAAAGGUCACACACUAUUCCAUGUACGUGACCGAGGGCUACAGGCCCCCAGAGCUCUAUGUGAAUGAGGUUGAUCGCUCCCUGUUGACGCCGGCCAUUGACAUCUUUUCAGCCGGAUCCACCUUGUACGAGGCAUGCGUCGGAAAGAACCUCUUCAGGCCAUUGGGCAAGCUGGGUAGCAUCAAGGACUCAGUGAGCCAAUGGUGCAUGUUGUGUCAAGACGUGCAGGUCACAAAAGUCCGCACAAUGCCUCUGCCGAUGGCCCGGGCGAAGGCGCCGACUCCCCAGGAAAUUCUUUCUUGCCGUUUGUCAGAGGCAGGGUUGUGGAAGGACCGGAUUCGUUCAGCUUGCGCAGCUGCGCCAGCACACCGCCAGACGCCUUACUUGACUUCUUCCUUCACGCAGAAGAUAGCCACAGACUGUAGCGGCUUGGAUACCCCAGCUUUUGCAGCCGAAGCAUGCGAGAUACCCUUUGAACAGCCGUUUGCCAGUGACAGCAAUCCAUCUGUCCGCAAGUGGCUGAAAGAGAACGGUCGAGCUAACGUGAUCUUUGAGGACAUCCUGGCUCGGCCCGUGUCCUCGCUCCCUCAGAAUGUCACCGGCUAUGUGGCUGGAUUUCCAUGCCAGCCAUACAGCAGGCAAUCGACAGUCCGACGAGCUUUCAGAGACCCUAGAGCAAAGGUUUUCUUUGCUGUCCUGAAAACAGCUGGUCACCUUCGACCUGAUUGGAUUGUCUUGGAGAAUGUCGGCGGCAUUAUGAAUUACAAACGUCAGCUUCUGGCAAGCUUCAAACGCUUUGGCCUGCUGGAUGACUAUUUGCUUUGCGUGCUUCCUCUAUGUCCUUCCGUGGCAUUGCAGGAGCCUCAUAGACGUCCCCGGAUCUAUUUUGUAAUGGUUCGCAGAGAUGCGGCACUCACCUCUGAAAAAGGUGUCAUUGCCAAGUUUUUUGCAGAGACUAUGGUCGAAAUCAGGCAAUCCUUGCCGGCAAAUCAGUUGACAGAUUAUUUGGAUGCAGGGGCAGUCGCCCCAGCAUCCCAGGCAACACGUUCAGGAUCUGCAAGUCGGUAUGGAGCAAAAUGGGUGAAGAAGCACAAUGAGGCUCGACCGGGAUUGGGCCUCCCACCUUCAGCAUACAGUUCUGGUUCUGCAUGCGGGUUCUUGACACCCCGGGAAAGUAGCGCGGUUGAAAUGGUGCUAGCUGCCAAUCGAGGCAAGCAAUUUCCAUGCGUGCUGGAUGUGUCUCAAUCCUAUGACCGCAUGCCUGUUGGAUGGGGAUUUGUACCCUGUUUGACAACCAGUUCCAAGCUUCUGCUGGUUUCUAGUGGCACUAGACGCCUGCUUUCGGCGGCAGAGAAGUUGAAGCUCCUCGGCUUGCCAGCCAAAGUGUGCUCUUCUCGGGCAGUUGGAGUGUCCGCUUUGCACGCCAUGGCUGGCAAUGGCAUGCAUCUGCGGGCUGUUGGAUUAGCUAUGAUGUUAGCCAUGUCGUUGACUUCAAACAAGAAAGUUGCUCAGUCUGCAGUUGUAGACCAUAGCUCUGGCCCUUUGAUCUUUCAAUGGAAAGCUGCGCGUUUAAUUCUCGCAGAGGGUGCUGGACAAAAAGUUGCACGUAGAAGGAGCGGUAGCAAGAAGAAAGCCAAGGCCAAAGAUAAAACAGGUUCGUCCCGGCACCCGUGUCGCAACAGAAAGCCAAAGGCUCAAGCCAGAGUACCGGGUGUCCAGCGGGUCAAACGUUCGCUGUCGGAAAUCUACAGCUAG